AUGACCAAGGUACCAGCCACCAAAAAGACGCAGAGUUCCCCCAACAUGGGGGCCAUGUGGCCCUUUUAUUCCUCAGAACAACCGACACAGGUUCCAGAGAAGACACUGAAGAGCAUCAAGUAUAUUGACAAGGAAGUAAUUAACCUCAAAAAAGACCUUACACGAAGUCGCUUGCUGAUGCAGUCUGUGAAGAUAGGUCGUGGAUAUUUUAGCAUGCUGAAAGAGGAGAGUACAAUGAAAAAACGACAGCAACAACUUGAAAAACUGAAGGAGGAAGAAAAAAACAAAUUCCAGCCAGCCAAAAAGGUCUCAGAAAUCCAUUUUGGGGAAACUUUGUUGAGCAUCUACGAUGAGGAGAAGGCGAAGAAGCUGGGGCCUGGUGGCAUCCUUCGCCCGUUCACGCCCAUCCACAAUUGCAUCAUCUCUCCCUCACUACCAGAGGCUCACGUCGAGCCCCUCUUCCGCCAGCUCUGUGCCCUCCACUGGCUUCUGGAGGCCCUGACCAUCGACCACACCCACCACACCAUGAAGCCAGUGAUCACCUGCUGGAACCCCAAGGACCCAGGUGGCAGCAGGAGCACAAUAAAGAAGAUCAACAAGGACAAGUCCAUGGGACAGAGGUGGGAGCGCUUUGUCAUCGCACCAAAGACCAAGAAAUUAAAAGUCCCUAUGUUGAGAGCCUGCAAACCAAGCCGCCGAGGCUCCACCCUCAGUCUGUCUAGGACCAGUGGGGGGUCCUCCCCGCAAAGCAGCAUGGUGUCUGUGAACCCUGGCUCUGAUGAGCCCCCCAGUGUGGUCACCCCGGCGACCGGAAGCAAAGACAUCGAGGACAAUGAGUCUUCUUCAACCAAGCCAGACGACGAGGUUCUCCAUGUGCAUCUUCAGAAGCUCCUGGAGAUGGUCAGGGAAGAUGCCCGAAGAUCAAUCAUGAUGGAAAACGGAAUGCAAAAGCUACUUCCCAGCAUCGUGUCCUUGUCUGUGCCCAAGCAAAACAAGAGUGAGUCUGCCUCCAAGGAGGGACAGACCACCCACAAAUCAAGUGAGCAAUCCAGCACCACAAGUAUGGAAAGUCACACCCAGGUGACCCAGAAGAAGUCGAAAACCCGUGUUAACCGUGACAUCAUCCAGUACAAGAGUGGAGUCUGUGACAGCUUGCGAGCCAAAUUUUACAGCAUAGCCCAGGAGGCUGGCUUCUGCCUGCAAGACAAGAUGGAAAUUCUCAUGAAGCGCCAAGAAGAGCGAGGUCUCCAGAAGUUCCACUCUUUCGUCCUUGCCUCAAAUUUCCAAAAGGACAUAGCGAAGAUGAGACACCAAGUCUCAGUAAUGAAAGGGGACGCAGAAGAAAUUGCAGACCACUGGUACUUUGAUCUGCUGUCCAAGCUCCCUGAGGAUUUGAAGAACUUCCGCCCUGCCAAAAAGAUCCUGACAAAACUGCAGAAGUUUGGGGAGAACCUGGACCUGAGAAUCCGGCCCCAUGUCCUCCUGAAGGUGCUGCAAGAUCUGAGGAUUUGGGAGCUGUGCUCCCCCGACAUUGCCGUGGCUAUCGAGUUUGUUAGAGAACAUGUCAUCCAUAUGCCUCAAGAGGAUUACAUCAACUGGCUGCAAAGCCGGAUCAAUAUUCCUAUCAGGCCCCACAGCACCCUGAUGUAAUCUGGGCCUGGGUUGACCAGCUAUCGCUUGGAGAAGAGCAAGCAAGCCAACACUAUGUUCCUGAGUCCUGCCUAUGUUCGUGCUUCCUGCCUACUCCUACAGAUGCCUGAUAUGAUGGAGUAAGAUCAUCUGAAGGCUGACUUUUGGAAACAUCCUAGAGACAGAUAUUCCCACAUGACCCUCCACUCAAUUUCUCUGCCCACUCCAAUCUCCCAGUCUCUGUUUAUUGGUUCAGCCUGACUCUACCUACUUUUCCAGAUUCAUUCACCCUAUUCUUUUUCCAAAAAUUCUGGAUAAUAAAAUUGAUCUGGAUAUUUGAUGUCUCUAGCUGGGAAAGUGUUGGAACUGUGGAAUUUGGGUGUGGUACUCAGAUCCUAAUAAUAACAACGGAAGUCAUUAUUGAGCUUUUGUUAUGCACCAAACCCAGUGCUGGGUGGUUUGCCCAUGUAGCAGCAUUUAAAUUUCAUAAUAACUUGGUUAAGUGGGCAUUGAUGAUGUUCUCAUUUCACACCAUUGGGGCCAGAAUAUAUUUCUCAAUUAGAUAGAUAGUUAGAUGAUAGAUAGAUAGAUAGAUAGAUAGAUAGAUAGAUAGAUAGAUGAUAGAUAGAUGAUAGAUAGAUAGAUGAUAGAUGAUAGAUCAAUCUACAUACAUGAUAUUAUAUAUUGUUUUGUAUAGAUGGAUAAAUGGAUGGUUGGAUGCUUGGAUGGAUGGGCAAAUGGAUAGUUGGGUGAAUGAAUGGACAAAAGGAAGGGAGGAAGGAAGGGAAGGAGAGAGGGAGGCAGAGAGGGAGGGAGGGAGCAAGGAGGGAGGGAGGGCUCAUCCCCACAAGUAAUGGUGUUCAAGAAAAUCUUAGCCAUUACCUUUUGACCUCUUGUGUCAUCUUGGUCUUGUGCUCGUCUACAUUCUUAAGCUAAAAGGAAGCUGUAGGCCUUUUAACUCUCACAUGAUUGCAAAACUGACCUAACAAUUGAACAACUGGACUUGGUUUGCAGUAAUGGCAAGAGUAUCAGAACAUUGAUGUGGGCUGGGCUCCAGCAUCUCUCCAUGGUGAUCCAGAAGUGGGAGCAGAGUUGAAUUGGUAUUAUUAUUAUUAUUGUAACUAACAUC